CAGGCAUUGCUGGCCCAUCAUAGGAUUACUGUUCAAUCAGGAUUUGCCGUUUCCUGACAGUGCUACAUGAUUCUGCCCUGCUGCAUUAGGUCUGUUAGUUUCACUGAUACGCCCCAGUGGCCCAUCUCUUGGAGUCCAGCAAAGACUGCCUGCUUAAUGCCAGCUGGCCAGGCUUUUGUAAGAAGCAGAGACCACCUCAAUCAUUGGCAUCAGGUAAGCGUGUCCAUGGCAGCAUGUGUUCCUGUUCAAAGGGAUUUCAUUGUAUUCAUUAUCAUCAGGGACACAUUUUGUGUGCGUUUGCAUGUUACGUCACAAGGGUGAAGAGUAGACUUAAGCUGGCUUUAUUUGGUCUGUAAUCCCUCAUAGCAAUUUGAACGAGUAAAAUGUUCGGAGUUGGAGCGGCUCGGCUUCGCUGGAUUAUCACAAGCCCCUGCCUCCCCCACACCAACCCUCCCCUUGUUUAAAUUUUCCUUCCUGUCUAUCCAUUUUUUCUCUUUUUCUUUCCUUCUGUUUGUUCACGCUUGUCGCUUUGCAUUGCCAGAAUGGAGUAGUCAGGCAGGCUUCAACUACCAAUGUUAUUUGUGAGAGCACUUGGUGUCCUCUUUCCUGCUUCCAUCAGCACCAGCAGUAUUCCCCAGAUUAAUUAUUCACUGAUCGCCAAGCAAGAGGAGUCAUUUGAUAGCCAGACCUUGCUACUGUGAUAGAGACCGGAGACAGAAAUUACAACUGGACCUCAGGUGAAAAGCGAUACUUCUGUUUAAUUUUUUUAAUUUAUUUUAACCCUCAUUCCUCGCACCACUUGACACCCUGCAAUUAGAAUCUUAAAGGGAAGUCUUUCUCAUUUUUCUUCCCUGUGAGUAAGGUACAUCUCUUCCUCAUGUUGAUCGCCAGUAAGCAGUUGCCGAUCGGCCGCUCCCAGAGCUGGGACAUGCUGGGUGGGAAUGAGGGUCAUUGGGAGCACAGUGACGGUGUUUAUGAGCAGCAGGCACGGAUGGCUGGUCGACGCAACUCACUGAGAUAUGGAACGGAUGCGGGAGGGGGAUGGUAUGAACCACCGCCUGGAGUGCGUCCCCCUGACCUGGAUUUGAAACGGGAGCAAGACUCCUACCAGGAAUCUCUUUACAAUCAGGGAUAUUUGGAUCGUCCGGACCCUCGUAAUGUAAGAAAGAACUCUGUUCCUGAGUUGAACAGUCAUUACGAUCGGCCAGCCAUGGCUCACCGUGGUUCCCUGGCACGCCACAAUUACUAUCAGCAAGACUCAGGUAUGCCACAAAGGCCAGCAGAGGGUUCUUAUCAUGGAGAGCAACCCCAUUCUCUUAAUAGAUCAUCUUCACAUUAUGGAAUGAUAGCUAGUCCUCGGCAACUGUGGGAACAGAGCUCAGGAGGUCGGUCUUGUUCUGCUGCCGCAAAACCUGGCAUACCUCCUCCCCCACCUCCAACUGUUUAUGACAUGGGUCGUAUUUACAGAGAACCGUCUCUGCCUGGACCCCCACCUGCUACUCCUGGCACCAAAAUGAUGCAGGAUGGACAGCGCAUUCCAAGCCGAGCACCAUCUCCUGCUCGUUAUAUAAUGGAGCCAAAUUCUCCACGUUAUGGUGCUGAGCCACCUGUCUCUCUCACUAGCCAUUCGGUCUACAGUGAUGUUAAUGGAAGGUCAAUUGAUCCUCAUCAGCCAACUCCCACCUGCCUGGUGGUUGAACCAGUUACUCAAGGAAUGGAUGGAACUGCCCGAGGUAUGGUCAUGCAUCCGGAAAACCCCUCACCAUACACCAUACAGCAGCAACAGCAAUCCCAACAACAGGCUCAACAACAAGCACAGCAACAAAUGCAACAACAAAUACAGCAACAGCGAAUGCAACAAAUGCAGCCAGCUCAGCCAGUGCAACAAAUGCAGCCAGCUCAGCCAGUGCAACAAAUGCAGCCAGCUCAGCAAGUGCAACAAAUGCAGCAAGCUCAGCCAGUGCAACACAUGCAGCAAGCUCAGCCAGUGCAACAAAUGCAGCAAGCUCAGCCAGUGCAACCCAUGCAGCAAACUCAGCCAGUGCAACACAUGCAGCAAACUCAGCCAGUGCAACACAUGCAGCAAGCUCAGCCAGUGCAACAAAUGCAGCAAACUCAGCCAGUGCAACACAUGCAGCAAGCUCAGCCAGUGCAACACAUGCAGCAAGCUCAGCCAGUGCAACAAAUGCAGCAAACUCAGCCAGUGCAACACAUGCAGCAAACUCAGCCAGUGCAACACAUGCAGCAAGCUCAGCCAGUGCAACACAUGCAGCAAGCUCAGCCAGUGCAACACAUGCAGCAAGCUCAGCCAGUGCAACACAUGCAGCAAGCUCAGCCAGUGCCGCAAGUCCAGCAGGUACCACAGGUUCACCUAGUGCAGCAAGUUCCACAUAUGCAACCUGUUGCACCCCCAAAUCCUGUCUAUACUCCAGCUCCCCCUACAGCCCCUGCUUCAGUAAACACUCCAAGUGUGGCUACUAUUACUGCUCCGCUACCUCAUGUUCCUGCUCAGCCUUUUACUGCUGCUCCUCCUCCCACUGUUCCUCAGACCCCAGUGGUUCUUGUAGAUCCUAAAAAAAAUGUGGAUCCUGAAUUUCUGGCAUUGCUGCAAAAAGAGGGUGUCUCGGAAAGCACCAUUACUUCUCUGCUGCAGCAGGGCUUUGACUCCACUGCAAUGUUGGCUGUUAUGGAGGAAAAUGAUGUGCGUUCAGUGGCCCCAAACUUGGGACAAGCUCGGGUUCUGUCUCGUGUUGUGCUUUGUUGCAAGCGACCACCUGAAAUCCUUCCUGCUACCCCCUUGCAUCCCAGUGCCCUGGUCCGUGGCAGAUCCAACAGCUUUAGCCAUCGCAGUGACAUUUACAUGCACCAGCCACCACCCUCGACUCCGGGCUUGGAGUCCCAGUACAUGCAGCCACCCUCUACCCACAUGCAGACUAUAUCUCCAAGGAUGGGUGAAGGUUGUAGUCGCAGACCCAGCAGUGCUCCCUCCCAGCAGCUUCUUGAGACCAGCGGGUAUCCUGGAGCCAGGUCUGCAGGAGUAUAUGGUGGUGCUAUGGUUCCAGUCCAGCCUCGCCCAUUGUCAGGUUACAAUCCACAUGCUGGUCUGUCCAUGCCACCUAUGACUGCAGUGUCCCAACAGGUAGCAAUUCCAUCACAUCUACAAGGAAUACCACCACAGAUCCAUGCAAUGACACAACCAUUUCCAGCACUGCCUGCAGUUCCCCAACCAAUGACUACAUCUGCUUUGCCACCCCAGCAGGCUCCAAAGGCAUACACCACCAACUAUACUGUACCAAUGGAGUUGAUGAAGAGGGAUCGGAGUUUGGCCAUGAUGUCGCCCAUGCCUAGUCCCCAUGUAAGCCCACAAGUAAUGCGCAAGGCUGGAGCAUCCUCAGACGGAGUCCUAGUACCGAUUGGUGGUGCUGUCCCAGGCCAAAAUGUGAGUCUGGCUAAUCAGAAGCUCAGCCGGCGUACUGGACCUCCGGUCAUUGUGUCCACUAUGGCAUCGCCAGACACAAGUAUAAGGCCGCAAAUCAUGAACGGUCCGAUGCAUCCUCGGCCGCUGGUCGCUCUGCUGGACGGGAGGGACUGUACCGUAGAGAUGCCCAUCCUGAAGGAUUUGGCCACUGUAGCGUUCUGUGACGCUCAGUCAACGCAGGAAAUUCAUGAGAAGGUGUUGAACGAGGCGGUGGGGGCGAUGAUGUACCACACCAUUACUCUGACCAGAGAAGAUCUGGAGAAGUUUAAAGCCCUCCGAAUCAUAAUCCGCAUCGGUAGUGGAUACGACAAUAUUGAUAUUAAAGCAGCUGGAGAGAUGGGUAUUGCGGUGUGUAAUAUUCCAUCAGCUGCUGUGGAGGAGACGGCAGACUCAACGCUGUGCCACAUCCUGAACCUGUACAGGAGGAACACCUGGCUGUACCAGGCCAUGCGCGAGGGCACACGGGUCCAGAGCGUGGAGCAGAUCAGAGAGGUGGCGUCAGGAGCCGCCCGCAUCAGAGGAGAAACACUCGGACUUAUUGGCUUUGGCCGAUCGGGACAGGCAGUGGCUGUUCGAGCGAAAGCAUUUGGCUUCAAUGUGAUCUUUUAUGACCCGUACCUGCAAGACGGUCUAGAACGAUCACUGGGUGUCCAGAGAGUUUACACCUUGCAGGACCUCUUGUACCAGAGCGACUGUGUGUCUCUCCACUGCAACCUAAACGAACACAAUCACCACCUCAUCAACGACUUCACCAUCAAGCAGAUGCGACAGGGAGCAUUUCUAGUCAACACAGCACGAGGGGGUCUGGUGGAUGAAAAAGCCCUGGCUCAGGCUCUCAAAGAGGGCAGGAUACGGGGGGCCGCCCUGGACGUCCACGAGUCUGAACCCUUCAGUUUUUCUCAGGGUCCUCUGAAGGAUGCGCCCAAUCUGAUCUGCACCCCUCACACGGCGUGGUACAGUGAGCAGGCCUCACUAGAGAUGAGAGAGGCAGCGGCCACUGAGAUCCGCAGGGCCAUCACCGGUCGUAUUCCGGAUAGUCUCCGAAACUGCGUCAACAAAGAGUUUUUUGUGACUACGGCGCCGUGGGGGGUGAUGGAGCAGCAGGUACAUCCGGAGCUCAACGGCGGAGCCUACAGGUUUCCUCCUGGUGCGGUGGGUGUGUCUCCUGGUGGCAUGGGUGGACAGAUAGAGAGCAUAAUGCCCGGCGGGGUGCCCGGGGCCCAUCCCCUGCCGCCGGGCACCCAGCCCAGCCUCGCCCCGUCCCCCACCCAGCUCCUCAAACACAAUGACCAUAGAGAACACCUCGCCAAGUCAUAACCACCUGACCACUGACCGACAGUCAUUCAGCAAAACUGCAAAUCAAAGAGACUAAGAGACAGUGAAUGGGUGAUCAAGCAAUCAGCUGCCACGAGCUGCAACAGAGACAUGCUCCACGGACAUCUUUCUACCAUCCUGUUUUCAGUUUUAGUGUUUUUCCAUUCAUUCACAUUUUAACCCAAGUUAUUUCUGUUGUUCUUGUGAGGGGAGGACAUCAUUUCCACCUGUUUUAUAGCAGGUGGGCGGUGCUUUCUUAUCAGGGGGCGUGGCAUGACAUAAUAACCACACCUCUUUCCUGGUGCACCACUUACAGAGUUCAAAACGAUGAUCGUUAUCACAUGCCAUGUGCUUGUCUUCUUCCUCCUCGCCUUAUUUACAUAAAUCUCUCAACAGUUUCAAUUUUGUUUCUUUCUUUACACCCAGAAAAUUAGUGCUCGUCUUUGUUUUAGUGUUAAAAGUGCUUGAUAAUGAAAAAGAAAAUAUAUAAAUACAGUGUAUCUAUUAUGAGAACAGAGGUUAAGGCUGUUCUUGAGCAAAAAUGAAGAUGAAUUCUUAGCUUUUUUUCAACAUUUGGCAUAGCUGACUUCUUGUUUACAGAAUUGCACAAAUUCAACAAGCACCAGCUCAGAAACCACUGUUCUUUAAGACCCAAGAGCACACUAUUUUACGGAUAUAUCCAUUGAUUUCGAUUCAAAAUGAGUUUUCAGGAUUUGAAAUACAAACUGCAUCUGGGUUUUAAGAUGUCCGUUUUCAAAAAUGGCCAUUUGGAUUCGAGUGAAUGUCACCGUGAGGGACAUGAUUUUGAUUUAGUGUUUGCGUUCAAAAAUAAAUAAAAAUAGAUGGCAGCUCACACAGAAAAGGGACUGGAGUGAAAAACCGCCCCUGUCUCAGGAAGAACAUUUAACGGUUACUCCAAAACACACGGCAGCCCCGUUUAAAUACUUGCUUCUUCCCAUCAGCCUACCCGAGGUAUUUUUAUAGAUCUGCCAUCCAGUGCGUUUUUGGUGUUGAAUGUAUGGCAGUUAAAUUAAAUUUGUAUUGUCUAGUUUAAUGUUUUUGUAACCCUACUUUCCUCUGAUCCCUUGCCUGUUUCUUUCAUUUUGGGUUUUUUAUGUGGAAGCGCACUGUUCAGAGCUCAUUGUGUUGUUUAUAUGCAAUAUUCUGAGGUCCUCUGCCAACUCCAGUCAGGUUGGUUCUGGAACUGUAGGUUUGGUUUUUAGUGUGAGUAUUUGUUUAUUGUACCGAGGUGAACAUUUAGCAUUCAGUACAGUUCAAAUAAAAAUGCCAUUUUGACGUUC